AUGGCGGCAGCAAACGCCCCGAUCACCAUGAAGGAAGUCUUAACUUUACCGGCUGUUGGGAUUAGUCCUCAGUUUAUCACCUUUACAAAUGUAACGAUGGAAUCCGACAAGUAUAUAUGUGUACGGGAAACAGCGCCACAAAAUAGUGUUGUAAUUAUCGAUAUGAACAUGCCGAUGCAGCCGUUGAGACGGCCUAUCACAGCAGAUUCUGCUCUCAUGAAUCCGAAUUCUAGAAUCCUUGCUUUGAAAGCCCAACUUCCGGGAACUACUCAGGAUCACUUACAAAUAUUUAACAUCGAGAUGAAAGCAAAAAUGAAAUCAUACCAGAUGCCUGAGCAGAUUGUCUUUUGGAAGUGGAUAACGCCAAAGAUGUUGGGCCUGGUUACACAGACUUCAGUUUAUCAUUGGUCUAUUGAAGGUGAUUCUGAACCAGUGAAGAUGUUUGAUAGAACAGCUAAUUUGCAAAGCAAUCAGAUUAUAAACUAUAAAUGUGACCCUUCUGAGAAAUGGCUAGUUUUGAUUGGAAUUGCGCCUGGUUCACCUGAGAGGCAACAAUUGGUCAAAGGGAACAUGCAACUUUUCUCUGUGGAUCAACAACGUAGCCAAGCUCUUGAAGCACAUGCUGCAUCAUAUGCGCAAUAUAAGCUUCCAGGAAACGAGAACCCUUCUACUCUCAUUUCUUUUGCCUCAAAAUCUUUUAAUGCCGGGCAGAUUACAUCGAAGUUGCAUGUUAUCGAGCUUGGUGCCCAGCCAGGGAAGCCAUCAUUUACGAAGAAACAGGCAGACCUGUUCUUUCCUCCCGAUUUUGCUGAUGACUUUCCUGUGGCAAUGCAGAUAUCCCAGAAAUACAGUUUGAUUUAUGUGAUCACAAAGCUUGGGCUGCUAUUUGUUUAUGAUUUGGAGACAGCUACUGCAGUGUUACUGGCUACUGUAAAUGAAGCAACGAUUGUGCCAUUUGUUAGUGGCCAGUUGAAUAAUCUGGAGCUUGCUGUCAAUCUUGCCAAAAGAGGAAACCUUCCUGGUGCUGAGAAUCUGGUUGUCCAGCGUUUUCAAGAAUUGUUCGCUCAAACAAAGUAUAAAGAAGCUGCUGAGCUUGCUGCUGAGUCUCCACAAGGAAUUCUCCGAACUCCUGACACGGUUGCCAAGUUUCAGAGUGUUCCUGUGCAACCUGGGCAAACACCUCCCUUAUUGCAAUACUUUGGGACCCUUUUAACGAGAGGAAAGCUCAAUGCAUUUGAGUCGUUGGAAUUGUCUCGCCUUGUGGUCAAUCAGAACAAAAAGAAUCUUUUGGAGAACUGGUUGGCAGAGGACAAGUUGGAGUGUACUGAGGAACUGGGAGACCUUGUGAAGACUGUGGAUAAUGAUCUUGCGCUGAAAAUCUAUAUUAAAGCUAGGGCAACUCCAAAAGUUGUUGCGGCUUUUGCUGAGAGAAGGGAGUUUGACAAAAUUUUGAUUUACUCAAAGCAGGUUGGGUAUUCUCCUGACUAUUUAUUCCUUCUGCAAACAAUUCUCCGUACAGAUCCACAGGGAGCAGUUAACUUUGCUUUGAUGAUGUCCCAAAUGGAAGGUGGCUGUCCAGUUGACUACAAUACCAUUGCUGAUCUCUUUCUUCAGAGGAACCUGAUCCGUGAGGCAACAGCCUUUCUGUUGGAUGUUUUGAAGCCAAAUUUAGCAGAGCAUGGUUACCUGCAAACAAAGGUUCUGGAGAUAAAUCUGGUAACAUUUCCUAAUGUAGCUGAUGCUAUUCUAGCCAAUGGAAUGUUUAGCCACUAUGAUCGUCCUAGAAUUGCUCAACUCUGUGAAAAAGCUGGUCUUUACAUCCGAGCCCUGCAGCAUUAUACAGAGUUGCCAGAUAUUAAACGUGUGAUUGUGAAUACACAUGCAAUAGAGCCACAGGCACUUGUUGAGUUUUUUGGCACUCUUUCACGAGAAUGGGCUUUGGAGUGCAUGAAGGAUCUCUUGCUGGUCAAUCUAAGAGGCAACCUUCAGAUAAUUGUUCAGACUGCCAAGGAAUAUUGUGAGCAGUUGGGCGUUGAUUCAUGUGUAAAACUUUUUGAGCAAUUCAAGUCAUAUGAAGGGCUUUACUUUUUCUUGGGGUCAUAUCUGAGUUCGAGUGAGGAUCCUGAUAUACAUUUUAAGUACAUUGAGGCUGCUGCUAGAACCGGACAAAUAAAAGAGGUUGAGCGUGUUACUAGGGAGUCGAAUUUUUAUGAUCCUGAAAAGACAAAGAACUUUCUGAUGGAAGCCAAGCUUCCAGAUGCAAGGCCUCUGAUUAAUGUUUGUGACCGUUUUGGCUUUGUUUCUGAUCUCACGCACUACCUCUACUCAAACAACAUGCUUCGUUAUAUAGAAGGUUAUGUUCAAAAGGUGAACCCAGGGAAUGCUCCUUUAGUUGUCGGGCAGCUGUUAGAUGAUGAAUGCCCUGAAGACUUUAUCAAGGGCCUUAUUCUUUCUGUCCGUUCUUUGCUUCCAGUUGAGCCCCUUGUAGAGGAAUGUGAGAAGAGAAAUCGCCUUCGUUUGCUCACUCAGUUCUUGGAACAUCUCGUGAGUGAGGGAAGCCAAGAUGUACAUGUUCACAAUGCUCUUGGUAAAAUCAUCAUUGAUAGCAAUAACAACCCAGAACACUUCCUGACUACCAACCCUUACUAUGAUUCGCGGGUUGUGGGCAAGUAUUGUGAGAAACGUGAUCCCACCCUGGCUGUUGUAGCUUACCGUAGAGGACAAUGUGAUGGCGAACUUAUCAAUGUCACAAAUAAGAACUCUUUGUUCAAGUUGCAAGCCAGAUAUGUGGUUGAACGGAUGGAUGCUGAUCUUUGGGAGAAGGUUCUUAAUCCUGAAAAUGAAUACAGAAGACAGCUUAUCGAUCAAGUUGUAUCUACUGCUUUGCCGGAAAGUAAGAGCCCAGAACAAGUUUCUGCUGCUGUUAAAGCUUUCAUGACUGCAGAUCUGCCCCAUGAAUUAAUUGAGCUUCUCGAGAAGAUUGUGCUCCAAAACUCUGCAUUCAGUGGGAAUUUCAAUCUUCAAAACCUACUUAUCUUGACGGCCAUUAAGGCUGAUCCUUCUAGGGUUAUGGAUUAUAUUAAUAGAUUAGAUAACUUUGAUGGACCUGCUGUUGGGGAAGUGGCAGUUGAAGCUCAGCUAUAUGAGGAAGCAUUUGCAAUUUUCAAGAAGUUCAACUUGAAUGUUCAGGCUGUUAAUGUCUUAUUGGAUAACAUCCAAAGCAUUGACCGUGCUGUGGAGUUUGCAUUCCGUGUUGAAGAAGAUGCUGUUUGGAGCCAGGUGGCAAAGGCUCAACUCAGAGAGGGUCUUGUGAGUGAUGCAAUUGAGUCGUUUAUUCGUGCAGAUGACGCUACUCAAUUCCUGGAAGUCAUUCGUGCUGCUGAGGGUGCAAAUGUCUAUCAUGACUUGGUGAAGUACCUUCUCAUGGUUAGGCAGAAGGCUAAAGAACCGAAGGUGGAUAGUGAGCUUAUUUUUGCAUAUGCAAAGAUUGAUAGGUUGGGUGACAUUGAGGAGUUCAUUCUCAUGCCAAAUGUGGCUAAUCUCCAAAAUGUUGGUGAUCGCUUAUAUGAUGAAGCUCUUUACGAGGCUGCAAGAAUUAUAUUCCAGUUUAUAGCAAACUGGGCCAAAUUGGCGAGCACGCUAGUGAAGUUGAAACAGUUCCAAAGUGCUGUUGAUGCAGCUCGGAAAGCCAACAGUGCCAAGACAUGGAAGGAAGUUUGCUUUGCUUGUGUUGAUGCUGAGGAGUUCCGUUUGGCUCAGAUAUGUGGUCUUAACAUCAUUAUACAGGUGGAUGAUUUGGAGGAGGUCAGCGAAUAUUACCAGAAUAGAGGAUACUUCAAUGAAUUGAUCUCUCUCAUGGAGAGUGGUUUAGGUUUAGAACGUGCACAUAUGGGCAUUUUCACGGAGUUGGGAGUGCUGUAUGCUAGAUAUCGUCCUGAAAAGCUUAUGGAGCACAUUAAAUUGUUCUCAACCCGUCUUAAUAUUCCUAAGCUUAUCCGAGCUUGUGAUGAACAGCAACACUGGAUGGAACUUACCUAUUUGUACAUUCAAUAUGAUGAAUUUGAUAAUGCUGCAACUACCAUUAUGAAUCAUUCUCCUGAGGCAUGGGAUCACAUGCAAUUCAAAGAUGUUGCCGUCAAAGUUGCUAAUGUGGAGCUAUAUUAUAAGGCCGUGCAUUUCUACUUGCAAGAACAUCCUGAUCUUAUCAAUGAUCUUCUCAAUGUGUUGGCACUCCGUGUGGACCACACUCGUGUUGUUGACAUUAUGCGGAAGGCUGGUCAUUUGCUUCUUGUGAAGCCAUACAUGAUUGCAGUUCAGAGUAACAAUGUGUCUGCUGUGAAUGAGGCUUUGAAUCAAAUUUAUGUAGAGGAGGAGGACUAUGAAAGAUUGCGUGAAUCAAUUGAUUUGCAUGAUAAUUUUGAUCAGAUUGGUCUUGCACAGAAGAUUGAGAAACAUGAGCUUCUUGAAAUGAGACGUGUGGCUGCAUACAUUUACAAGAAAGCAGGAAGAUGGAAGCAAUCCAUUGCAUUGUCAAAGAAGGAUAACCUUUACAAAGAUGCCAUGGAGACAGCAUCACAGUCUGGUGAUCGUGAACUUGCAGAAGAGUUGCUGGUUUAUUUCAUUGAACAGGGCAAGAAGGAAUGCUUUGCAUCAUGCCUCUUUGUUUGUUAUGAUUUGAUCCGGCCAGACGUUGCCCUUGAGCUUGCCUGGAUGAAUAAUAUGAUCGACUUUGCCUUCCCCUACCUGUUACAGUUUAUCCGAGAAUACACAGGCAAAGUUGAUGAACUUGUGAAGCACAAAAUUGAGGUGCAGAAAGAAGUCAAGGCUAAAGAGCAGGAGGAUAAGGAUGUAAUUGCUCAGCAGAACAUGUAUGCUCAGUUACUUCCUCUUGCUUUGCCUGCACCGCCAAUGCCUGGUAUGGGUGGACCAACAAUGGGAGGAGGUUUUGCUCCACCACCAUCCAUGGGUGGAAUGGGGAUGCCACCAAUGCCACCUUUUGGCAUGCCACCGAUGGGCAGCUAUUGA